AAACAAUUUUCCUAAAAUAUAAAUAUAUAUAAUCUGAUAGGCUGAGAGAAGAGAAGGGCAAGAACAAGAAGAAUGGCUAGGAGCAUCUCAUACAUAACAGGCUCCCAGCUUCUCUCACUCAAACGUCGUCCAAACAUAGUCAUCAUAGAUGUCCGGGAUGAUGAAAGAAGUUACGAUGGCCAUAUAGCUGGGUCUCUCCACUACGCCAGUGACUCCUUUUCUGAUAAGAUCUCCAAUCUCGUUCAGCAAGUCAAAGGCAAAGAUACCCUCGUCUUCCAUUGUGCUCUAAGCCAGGUUCGUGGCCCAAGUUGUGCUAGGAAGUUAGUGAAUUAUUUGGAGGACGUGAAGGAUGAUGCUGGUAUAAAAAAUGUCAUGGUUCUUGAACGUGGCUUCAAUGGCUGGGAAGCUUCUGGUCGGCCAGUUUGUCGCUGUAACAAAGUGCCCUGCAACGGCGAGAAUGCAUCAGGAGUUUCUUAAAUGACAUCUGUGCUGAUAACGAAGACAUUUAGAUACAUUGUAUCGGUUUAAACAACCAUAUCCAUCUUCGCUUAUAACCAUUAAGCUUCAAUAGAUAAACAGAUUAAGCCUUAUUUUGAUAAGAUCCCAAACAUAAUAAACAAAUAUAACGAAUGAGAAAUGUUGGACAAAGUUUCAAUCCCCCUUU